UGGCUCCUCCCCAGGCCGCGGCCGGUGAGGGCGGAGCGGACGCGGCGCCGCCGCCGCGCACAGCAGCCGAGCCCCGAGCCCAGCGGCGGCGGGAGGCGGCGGGCGGCCCCGGGCGGCGGCGUCCCUUGUUGGGAGCCUGGAAAAAUCUUCAGUAGGGCUGCUAAGACUGAUGAGAGAUCUUUUAUGCCAAGAUCGUCGCUAUUUGAACAGACCACACCAUGCGUGAAUACAAGCUAGUGGUCCUUGGUUCAGGAGGUGUGGGGAAGUCCGCUUUGACCGUACAGUUCGUUCAGGGAAUUUUUGUUGAAAAAUAUGACCCAACAAUAGAAGAUUCAUACAGAAAGCAAGUGGAAGUAGACUGUCAACAGUGUAUGCUUGAAAUCCUCGAUACAGCAGGGACAGAGCAAUUCACAGCCAUGAGGGAUCUCUAUAUGAAGAAUGGCCAAGGGUUUGCACUAGUAUAUUCUAUAACAGCACAGUCCACGUUUAACGACUUACAGGACCUGCGGGAGCAGAUUUUACGGGUUAAGGACACUGAAGAUGUUCCAAUGAUUCUGGUUGGCAAUAAAUGUGACCUGGAGGAAGAGCGUGUAGUCGGCAAAGAACAGGGUCAAAACUUAGCAAGACAGUGGUGUAAUUGUGCCUUUCUAGAAUCAUCUGCGAAGUCUAAAAUCAACGUUAAUGAGAUCUUCUAUGACCUGGUCAGACAGAUAAAUAGGAAAACACCAGUGGAAAAGAAGAAGCCUAAAAAGAAAUCAUGUCUGCUGCUUUAGGCUCCCAUCGCGCAGCAGCUCUGAGCCAGAUUGCAGGAAUGAAGAACUGUUGCCUAAAUGGAAAGUGCCAGCAUUCCCGACUUCAGAACUUUAUGGAAAUUAAUAACAUAUCUGAAGAAGCUUGUCCUGUUUUUAUAUUCUAUGAGAAGAACUUAGAUCUUAAAAUGGUUUGCACACAGUCCCUGGAAAAAGAAAUUGCUCUGUGUAUAUCUCUUGGAAAUUUCAGACAGUAGUACUCCUCCUUCGCAAUAGCAGUUAACAGAUGUGAAAAUAAAUAUAAUUGACUCUAGUGUAUGAUUAUACAAAGGAGCAUGGAUGCAUUUCAAAUGUUAGAUAUUGCUACUAUAAUUACAAUUUCAUAUUGACCCUUUUAUCGUAAUUUCUCCCCAUCAAGCACUAAAAAUGUUACAUCAUUAUAUUUGAUAUCUAUAACUAUAGAUAUAUACCUGAAACUUCCCUCUGAACUCACUGCAGCAAAUAAUUUUUUGAGUCAUUGACUUCAUUUUAUAUUUAAAAGUUACGGAAUAUCAUUAUUUUCAUUCUGCCAUUAUAUUCUAAUUAAAAAUGUUUGUGCAUAAUGCUUUGGAAAAAUGGGUCUUUUAUAGGAAAAAACCGGGAUAACUGAUUUCUAUGGCUUUAAAAGCAAAAAUAUAUAAUAUACUAAACCAACUCUAAUAUUGCUUCUUGUGUUUUACUGUCACAGAUUAAAUUACAGCUUUUAUGAAUGAUUAAAUUUUAGUACAUUUUCA